AUGACAAUUGCGACAAAAGUGAACACGAGCAAGAAGGACCAGUCCAAUCUGGAGACGAUCAAAGUGCCCGAUCUGCCUUCGAUUGGUACCAUCAAGGCUUCGAUCCCGGAGCACUGUUUCGAGAAGAAUGCUCUUACCUCUAUCCGCUAUCUCGUGCAAGAUUACCUGCUCUUGGCCGGUCUCUACCUCGCAGUCCCAUAUCUCGAAGGAUACCUCGGAUUGGUCGGACUCGUCCUCUGGUACUGGGCCAUGGGAAUCGUCGGAUCUGCCCUCUUCUGCGUUGGCCACGACGCCGGACACGGCUCUUUCUCUGAACACGAAUGGCUGAACGAUCUCUGCGGACACCUUGCCCAUGCUCCGAUCCUCGCUCCGUUCUGGCCGUGGCAAAAGUCUCACCGACAACAUCAUCAGUACACUUCGCAUCUUGAGAAGGAUAAGGGACACCCAUGGGUCACCGAGGAGGACUACAACAGCCGCACAACCAUCGAGAAGUACUUCGCCGUCAUUCCAAUCUCCGGAUGGCUCCGAUGGAAUCCGAUCUACACUAUCGUCGGACUUCCAGACGGAUCCCACUUCUGGCCGUGGUCGCGUCUUUUCGAGACCACCGAAGACCGUAUCAAGUGCGCCGUUUCAGGACUGGCGUGUGCUUUCUGUGCUUACGUAAGUCUCUAGACUCUUCGGAACGGAACAACUUGCUGCCUUUCAGAUUGCUUUCGCUCUCUCCGGUUACUCGGUGUACACUUUCGUCAAGUACUACUACAUUCCACUUCUGUUCCAAGGACUCAUUCUCGUCAUUAUCACGUAUCUUCAACAUCAAAACGAGAACAUUGAGGUAUACUUUGUAUCAGGGAAAGUGAUAAGAAAAACCUAUUAUGCUUAGGUUUACGAGCCAGACGAGUGGGGAUUCGUGCGUGGACAGACUCAGACGAUCGACAGACACUGGGGUUUCGGACUCGACAAUAUCAUGCACAACAUCACGAACGGCCACGUGGCUCACCACUUCUUCUUCACCAAAAUCCCGCACUACCAUCUGCUAGAAGCCACGCCGGCCAUCCGCAAAGCCCUUGAGCCACUGAAGGAAACGCAGUACGGAUACAAGCGGGAAGUCAACUACGACUGGUUCUUCAAGUACCUCAACUACAACGUGUCGCUCGACUAUUUGACCCACAAAGCGAAGGGAGUUCUGCAGUACCGAGUGGGAGUCGAGGCUCAGAAGGCGAAAAGCUACUAA